GCGAUCCCUUCACUUUUGUCUUGUCAUUUUCUCCCUCCCUCCAUCAGGUCUCAUCACAAAAAUACGUUUACGAGAAAGCGCAUGAUCUGAACUUUCGAUCGACCUCCAUUUUAUCCCCCCUUCCGCCCAUGGUCGUUGCUCUAUUGCGCGCCCCGACGCUAUGACUCGGUACGGGGGCUUGGGCCGGACGCGCCCCAAAAAGCUCACCUCCAAGGCCUCCAUCCCCAUUGUCCGCGAGGACGAGAUCGAUGCCCUAGACGACGAGCACCAUGCAAGCUUACAACAGAUCGAAACCGGCGUUGAAAAGGCCGAGGAGUCGGAAUUCCAUUUGCAAGUCGCGAUAAACCUCACUGCCCAGGGCAAGGUUAACGACACGCACAUUCCCACCCCCGAAACCAUCCUCAGUAGCCUGCGGUAUGACGAGUUAUACCCGCCCCACUUCUCGCAACCCGCGACGUAUAUCAGGUUCUCCUCGACUGUUGAGGACUGCUGUGGAUGUCCUUAUAACAUGACUGAGGAGGACGAUGUCUUCCUCAAGAUGUACAACGAGAAGCGCGACCCGUCGCAACGGUGUUCCGAAGAUGACUUCGAGGCUACCAUGAACUUCUUCGAGGAGACGGCGCAGACGAAGCAGCCUUAUGCAGCUGUUGACAGCCCGCCGAUCCUGUCAUUUGCCGACAUGGAAGAGGCCAUGGAUGCCGCCGUAGAAGAAAGCGUAAAGCGAUUCGCCAAGGACAUUUAUGAGCACUGGAAGUUGCGUCGAGCUGAAACCAAUAACCGUUCAAUAGCGCCCAGCCUCAAGUUUGAGACCGGUCAAGAUACCGAUGACAGUGAUCCAUAUGUCUGUUUCCGCCGGCGUGAGGUCCGCCAGAUUCGCAAGACUCGUGGCCGAGAUGCCCAGAGUGCUGAGAAGCUUCGGCGCCUUCGUAAAGAACUUGAAGAUGCACGGCAAAUCGUUGCUUUGGUACGCCAGCGUGAGGUCGCCCGGAAGGAGAUGAUUGCUAUGGAGCGGAAGCUCUUCAUCGAGCGCGCCGAGGUCAAGGAUAUGAAGCGCAAGCUCAACAUCAAGGACGACGACGAGGUCCUCAUCAACCAAAAGGUAUUUGCUGCCAACCCAGACGAGUCAUCCAUGGAACACGUACUGACUCAUUUCAUACAGCCCAAGAAGAGGCCGGAGAUGCCAAGUCAGGGGCGCCCCAAUGCUCCUCAACUUCGUAUGCCUCUCAAACCCGGUCUGCAGGGCGCAGAGGAUUUGCAGUUGCUGGAAGAUGUCCAGUCCGAGAAGGAGAACGAGAUCUUGCGCGAUAUCAAGGCGAAUAUCGCCAAGCACAUCAAGUGGAACGAGGGCUAUGUGGAUCUCACCAGAGCGCCUCUGUCUCCAUCUCCAGAGCGAACGUUCGAUACUGCAGCGUUCCGUCCCGCGUUCACAGCGCAACUCCCCACUCCGCCAUCAUCAGAGUCUUCGGGUGAUAUGAUGGACACCGCAUUAGACGUGACGAGUCCCCUCCACUCUCGCGAUAAACUGGCCUCAAAAGCUCUGGAACUGCAUGGCGAGCCACACCGCAUGCCCUCAUUCCGAAGGCGAGUGGGGCGUGGUGGCCGGCUGUUGAUCGACCGUCGCAACUUGGCAUCGCGCUGUAAAGUCGAGUUGGAUCCUGUCAAGGCAGACCGGUUCAAGUUCGACCAAGAAGAUUCCGACGACGAACCCGUCUAUGACACGGAUCCAUUCAGCAUCCAGAUCAUGCAGCAUCGUGCCAUCACCGUGGCCAAGGUACGCGAACAAGCCGCAGUGGCUGCCCAAGCUCAUGCGCAGGCGCAAGCUCAAGCAGCUCAGGCCCAGGCCCGACGACUGCAGGGUGAUCAGUCUGGGAACGGGCAAAACCCCGGACCCAGUGCCGUUGCCGCAUCCGAAGGUUGA